AUGCCCCGAACGUCCGAACGACAAGCCAUCCUCUACGAGCUGCCCUUGGCCGACUGCAUGUGGCGCAUCACCGAAAACAUGCGCCUUGCGCAAAGCACUCUCGAAGCCCAGCCCGGACCCCUCGACGACGACGACGACGAGGACGCGGCAGAACAACGACGCAACGAAGCGGACGAGAACUUCAUCAUUGGUCUCGUGACUGCCAUGGCCGUUUCGACCGCAAUGGCAUCGACGUACGUCGACGUGGCGCUCAACCGGCCGUGCUUUGCGAGGUCGGAGGAGAUCUCGCCCGCAAUCCCGAGCUUGUUCUUGCCGUCCUUCUUCUUGCUGCCGCGCUUCCAUCGCGUCUAG